AUGUCGGAUCGUUUUUUGCAGUCCUUAAUAUCUUUUGUAACUUUAGCAGAGAUUUUUCGUCGUCUUGCGUCGGCAUUCGAAAAGGAUAACAAACACGAAAGAGCGGAAGAUAUUGCACUGGCACAACGAUAUUUCGGCUCAAGCGUCGGAAACGCAAAUGCAGAUAUAGAAUAUGCAAUGGACCAAAAAAUCGUACCCAAGAAAAAACUAACUCCAAGUGCAAUACCAAUCAAAGAAACAGCACACAAAAAAGCAACCGUCAGAAUUAUCAACACGAUCGAAAGAGGAAAGCCGACAAUCAAAAAACCACAUCCAUUCAGGAACCAAAGCCACAUUGAAAGGCAGCAAGAGGUUGAUAAUGCAAAGAUUUCGGCAAUUUUUUUUCGCGCGCUUCUUAUUCACUUACGUAUUAAUCUUGAUACUAAAUUCUAUAAACAUCAAAAAACAGGCUCUUAUCAGCAAGUAAUAAACGAAGCAAAUUCGAGAACACCAGUUUCCGAGGCGGCAAAAUUAGAACGGAAAGUAUAUUUGUAUCGUGCCUACAUAGCCCAAGGAAAAUACAAUAUUGUCAUUUCCGAGGUUAAAGAUUCCGACGCUGUCGAGUUACGAGUGGUGAAGCUGCUAGCUGUGUAUUUACAAGCAAAAGCGGCGGGACAACUCGACUCCAAGCGCGAGGAAACUUUAAAAGAACUUUCCGAGUUGUUAAAAGAGCCGGCAAACAGCUUGAACUCGACGAUACAGAUUGUUUCUGGUACUAUUUAUUAUCAUGAGGGACUGUUGGAGGACGCGUUAAAAGUCUUGAUAAAGAAUAAUAAAAAUUUAGAGUGUGUUGCUCUAAUUAUCCAAAUCUAUCUUCAAAUGGAUCGUGUGGACUUAGCAAAGCGAGAGCUUGCUGCCACAAAAUCAUGGGCUGAAGAUGCGAUGCUUGCGCAGUUGAUUGAAGCUUGGGUAGGCCUUCGAACGGGAGGUGACAAAUAUCAAGAAGCUUAUUACAUCUAUGAAGAGAUCGCACAAUCACCGUCUUCAAAUACAGUAAAAAUAUUGAAUGGACAAGCUGUUUGUCAUAUUCAUCUUGGUAGAUAUCCAGAAGCUGAAGGAUUAUUGCUGGAGGCGUUAAACAAGAACAACGACGACCCUGAAACUCUCGUAAAUCUGAUAGUCGUCUCCAAUUUAUCGGGAAAAUCAUCAGAUGUGGUGAACCGGUACAUCACACAACUGAAAGAGGCAUCACCAAAUCAUCCCUUCCUACAAGAUCUCGAUCUAAAAAAUAGUUUAUUCGACCGAGCAGCCCUAAAAUUUGUACUUGCUUGA